CUAGCCAAAGCAACUCUGGCAAGAAUUAUUGUUUUUAAUCGCCGGCGUGCAGGAGAGGUGUCAAAAAUGCAGCUUAGAAGCUUUCAAGAAAGGGACAGCACUUCUCUUCACGAUGAUGUUGCCUUGGGCCUUAGCAGGUUUGAACAAAAACUCUGCAGCCAUUUCAGUAGAGUUGAGAUCAGGGGUAAAAGAGGAAGGAAGGUGGCCGUUCUUCUUUCACCUGAUAUGGUGGAUGCAUUGACGCUGCUGGUCAGAAGGAGAAGUGAGUGUGAGGUGCAGGACACCAACAGUUUCUUGUUUGCUCGACCUAACUGCCUAAGUCAUUACAGAGGCCAGGACUGUAUUAGGGUCUUUGCCAGUGAAUGUGGAGCUCAACAUCCAGAGUUUCUGCGAUCAACACACCUCCGGAAACAUGUGGCUACUCUCUCUCAAGUCCUCAACCUGAAAAACAAUGAAUUGGAUCAGGUUGCCGAUUUCUUAGGGCAUGAUAUCCGUGUACAUCGCGACUAUUACAGGCUGCCAGAAGCCACAACUCAACUGGCUAAGAUAUCGAAAUUACUGCUAGCUAUGGAAAAGGGCUGUCUUCCUGAUCUUCAGGGAAAGUCCCUUGACGACAUUGAGCUUGAAGAUGAGAUCAGUGUAAAUGAUUCUGAAGACAGUGGUCCCGAUGAAAGUGAUGCUGAAGAUGAUGUCCCUGCUGCUGCCUCCAGUCGUGUUGUUUCUGCUGCUGCCUCCAGUCGUGUUGUUUCUGCUGCUGGCUCCAGGCGUGUUGUUUCUGCUGCUGGCUCCAGUCAUGCUGCAGAUAUGCAGAUGCCCAUUGAAACGGCUGCUGAAGUUUGUCCAGAGAGUGAGACUGAAAUUGGGAACCCACGGAAAGGUCAAAAAGUGUGCUGGUCAACCGCUGAGGUUACGGCUGUGAUGAAACACUUCAAAUCACACAUAACUAAAGGAAAACUGGCCACAUUGACUGAAUGCCAGCAGUGUAAGACUGCUGAGGAUCCCAUUUUGGCAAGGCGCACUGCACAAAACAUUCGAGAUUUCGUACGAAAUCGCGGCAUUAGUUUGAAAAGAAAAACCCAAAUUAAGUGAUCGAUCCUUGUUAGUCGAUCAGUAUGCCAAUUAUUUGAAAGUGUAUUCUUGAUUUCUUUGUUGCUUUUCUUGACAGCUUCUAGAGUUUAUCUUCGUGAUAGUUCACCCAAAAGGGGAAAAUCUGUCAUUUACUCACCCUGUUGUCAUUUACCCUGUAUGGCUUCCUUCCUUCUGGAGAAGGCAAAGGAAGAUAUUUAGAAGAAUAUUUAAACAACGGAGGUACUUGUUGACUUGCAUUGGUUUGUGUUCAUUCAAUAGAGGUAAAGAGAUUCAUUUUCCAUUUUUUCUUCAGUUACUAACAUUCUUCAGAAUAUAUUCCUUUGUGUUCUGCAGAAGAAAGUCUGACAUACAGAGUUAAAAUGGUGACAGAAUUUCCAUUUUUGGGUGAACUGUCCUUUUACAGUUUUUUGAAACUAUGGUGAAUUUAAGUUUAGUGAGGGCAUCUUAUGUUUCAGUGCUUUGUCAUCUUCUCAGCGUGCCUUGUUUUCAAUGGGCUAUUUUGUUUAGAUUACAGUUUACUCUAUAUGGCUUUUGUUGCAACCUUGAGCCGGUUACUGGGCCCUUACACUUUCAAUGUUCAAAUACUUUACAAGUAAAAAUAUGUUAUAUGUGCAUUUUUUACUCAGUAAAUUGGCACAUCAUGCUUAAAGGGAUAGUUCCCCCAAAAAUGAAAAUUCUGUCAUAAUUAUCCUUGGUUACAAACAUUUCUCAAAA